AUGGAGGUGGAGGAGGAGGAAAGACGCUCUACAAACUAUUUCGUGGGAGCAUGUGUCUCCGAUAGCUUCUUCGAUCGCGUAACUCUUGUGUUACGCAGCGACCUCGAGUAUGAGUGGGACAGGCGUCCUCAACUGGCGGACACUGCCUCGAAGCAUCGAGCUGAGUAUGCUUUUGCUCAGCUUGAGAACGAGAGAGCUUUGACAUCUCUGCAUGACGAGCUAAGGGUAGCUCGUGUGGAUAUUGAUCGGUCUCGGACUGAGAUAACUGCUCUUCAGACCCUUGUUGAUAUCCACCAUCGGGAGCACAAGGCUCUCUGUGAGAUGCUUAAGCGCAAGGGCGUUCUUCAUCGGAAGAAGCAGCGUACUGAUGGUGCGGCUUAA